AAUGAUAACAUCUGCAGCAACAACAUGUCAUUGUUGUCGCCGUUUAAAUUUUACAUAUACAUAUACAUGAUAAUUCUGUGUAUUACUACCACAACCAUUAGUUCCUUUGCAACAUCAAUAAAAGAAUCAACAUGUCCUGCGGACUUUUGGUCAUCACAGAAACAAGAAUAUGAGAAACAUUUGGAUGUUACCCAACAGCCAUGCGAUGAUUUCUAUGAAUACGCUUGCGGCAACUGGCGAGCGCCCUAUCAACUGCGUAUGCUAGAGGCUGGCGAUACACUAACAGCUAUUAAAGCGGCCAAUAAACAUUUGCUGAUACAAUAUUUUGAAGCCUACGACGAGAAGGAGCAAAAUAACACAACGAAAAGUAUAGUGAACUUUUACAAAUCCUGUUUAGAUAAUCGAACGUGGAAAGCGAAAGCGACUGAAGAACAACGUAUACAAUACUAUGUCGAGAUCUUACAAUCGCUUACAGUGGAAUGGCCGAUACUGACGGAAGAUUUUGCUAGUCGAAAUGAAACGUACGAUUGGAUACGUGUAGCAGGCGAGGUGCGUCGUUUUGGAGUGCAGGCGUUCAUGAAAGUCUUGGUACAACCUAAUUGGCAAUUGGCGCAACAAUUGAUUUUUUAUAUGAUGCCGCCUAACUUCGAAUGGUUAAAGCUACGACCGUCGGACAGUACAUACAACGAAGAGUCCGUUUUUCUAUACCAGCGCUAUAUCAAAUUGCUAAUGAUGGAUUUGGGGGUGAAGGUACGCAGAGCGAACCAAAUUGCUUUAGAAGUGAUCGAUUUCGAAAAACAGUUGUUUAGUUUGGUGACGAACGAUCAAUCAGUGAUCCUUAGAGAGCCUCAAACACUUGAGAGUUUAAGCCGCGAAAUGCCAUUAAUUGACUUUCGCAACUACUUUUCCAGUUUAUUGCAAGAUUUUGAAUUACCGCGUGACUGGUCUCAGCAAAUCUUAAUCGUCAGUGAUUAUCUUUUCCUUAAAAAGCUGGCCAAUUUUCUUAAUCAUACCAAUGGCGAUAUUACAGGCAAAUAUGUGUUGGUUCAAUUUCUUAUACAUUUUGAAUUCCAUCUGCAUGAUGAAGACACUUACACAAGACAGAAAAUGGAUUGCUUGCAAUUGGUUAAUGAUUUUUUGCCCGAUGAACUCUCUUAUUUAUAUCUGCAACUGCAAUAUGGAAAUUCGGAGAGCUUUCUAAAACAAUCGGAAACACAUUUGAAGCAGAUUUUUCAAAAUCUUAAAAAUCAAUUUGAAAAGAUGUUAAACAGUAGCGUAGUUUUUGAGAGAGACAACCAGACGCGCCUGUUAAGUUUACAAAAACUGAAAGAUAUGUAUUUGAUUAUACCUAAAAUAGAGAUCGGGCAACCAUCGUCAGACGAAGCACCAGCAAAACUCCUUCCAAUGCUUUCAGACAAUUACGAUUCCAAUCUAAUUAACUUAUGGAAAUUAAAAAUUCAACGAGAAUUAUCGGUAUACGUAGAAAGAUUAACUAAAAAGAAUUUAGAGAGCUUUUAUCUUGAUGUUCUAAAAUCCUUUGGCUAUACCUAUGGUCCAUUAGAUGUAAAUGCGUAUUAUCGUUUGAAAAAGAACGCAAUUGAAUUGCCGAUAGGCCUGUUGCGUGCUCCGCUUUAUGAUAAAUGUCUAAAGCCCGCCAAGUUAUAUGGAAGCUUUGUUUACAUUGUAGCGCACGAACUGAUACAUGGUUUCGAUUAUGACGGUUUGAAUUACGAUGCCGCAGGCUCGGUGGCUAACGGUUGGGGUGUCAAAGCAAUUAUAAAAUAUGGUGUACGUUCCAAUUGCUAUUUAAAUGAGCGUUACAAGAAUGAUGCUUUAACCAUUAAUGAGAAUAUAGCCGAUUCCGAGGGUUUGCGUUUGGCAUUGGAAACCCUUCUCGACCACGAAAUGAGUUCGAGUUUUGAAGUGGACGAUUUGAAAUUGUUUUUCUUAAGUUUUGCUCAAACUUGGUGUGGCUCUAGUGGGGUAAAAACUAGUAAUUCCAUCCACGCUGCACAUAAAGAGCGGGUUAAUAAUGUUGUGGGAAAUUUUAUGGAAUUUUCUGACAUCUACAAAUGUCGCUCCGGCUCACGUAUGCACCCGGAAGAGAAGUGUCGAAUAUGGUAGGAAUGAAGAGAGUUAUGUUUUAAAUUAAUUUUAAGAAGCUUAUUCAUUCUCUUAGUAAAACACCUAUGACAAGACGUCUGCCAUGAACGAUAAUAUCUACUAAUCUAAAGCAUAUAUCAGAGAAACAUUUUGA